AUGCCCCUCAACACGUUCGUGUCUGCUGGCGCCUCACGCCCCACCGCGUGCCAGCUCCCCGCGCGCCCCGCCCUGGGGCUGCGGCAACCGCAGCUGCCCACGCCAGCGCGGCGCCGCUGCCUGGCGCCGCCGCGCAACGCGCUGGCGUUGCCGUCCGUGGACUUCGACUGGGCUGCUGAGACCAAAACUUUGCUUCAACAGUUGCUGGCCGCGGUGCUCCCUCCAAAGAAGGCCUCCGAAAUUAACGAGGAGAUCCCUGUUGAGUACCGAUACGACAGCCACGCCGGCGGCCACAGCAGCACGUGGGUCCACAGCCACAUCGCAACGCGCCUGGCCACCGCCGGCGACGACGACCUCGCCGACCAUUAG